UCUUAUUUCUCAAAGUCAAGGCUUAGAGUCUAAAUUAUUUCUUAUACAGAAGUUGGCGCGAGAACAGUACCCGCAUUUACUGAGGGAAAAGAUUUUUAUUUAAAGAUCUAAAUUAUUUGAUAUUUUUGGUUUUUUUUUGUUUAAUCGUGUCUUAAAAAAUAAUUUAUCAAGAUGUUUUGGGGAUUAAUAAUGGAACCAAACAAGCGGUAUACGCAGACUGUGGAAAAAGCGUUCCACGUGUCUAUGGCUACUCUUGAUGUUACAACCGCAGAUGAUGGCAUUGUACAGGUUAUGUUGUGUUACGAUAACCGCAAUUAUCUUUUGUGUAAUUUGCAAAAAAGUUCAUCUACGCAAGUCGGACUAGAUUUAAAUUUUAAAGAAGGCACAAGAAUUUCAUUUACCUCAAAUGGUCGUGGGCAUGUGCAUUUAACAGGUUACUUGAUACCCGAUGACUUAGAGGAUCUAGAACAAGAUUUAGAUGAUGAUUUAGAAGACGAAGAAGUUCCUGAACUAGUUGGUAAAAAUGAUAAACGCAAAGCUAAAGAGUCACCUGUGGAUAAAAAAUUACUAAAACGUUUAAAGUCAUCAAAACCUGAGUCUUCCGAUGAUGAUGAUGACGACGACGAUGAUGAUGACGACGACGAUGAUGAUGAGGAGAGGGAAAAUCAGAGUUUAUUGGAAGUUGAAGAUGAUAGCGAUUCUGAUGAAGACGUCGAAGAUGAAGAAGAGGAUGAUGACGAAGAUGAGGACGAUGAUGAAGAAGAAGUAAAACCUCAAUUGAAAACUAAACUGAGUAAACAACAAAAAAAACAACAGCAGCAAAAUCAAAGUCAAGAAGAAAAAGCUCGCAAGCCAAAUAAUUUGGUUAAUGGAAAAGAUAAGAAAGAACCUAAGAAAAAAAAUAAUGAAGAACAGUCGCAAAAUGAACAAAUGGCUAAGAAAAAAACGUUAACUGGUGGUGUAGCUAUUGAAGAGCUUAAAGUAGGCACUGGAGCACCAGCUAAAUCAGGCAAAUUUAUAUCGGUUUAUUAUGUUGGAAGAUUGAAAAAUGGCAAGAAGUUCGACUCUACUACAAGUGGAGAUGGAUUCAAAUUCCGUCUUGGUAAAGGCGAAGUUAUCAAAGGAUGGGAUAUUGGUGUACAAGGCAUGAAAGUCGGUGGUAAACGACGCAUCACAAUACCCGCACCUAUGGGUUACGGUGCCAAAGGCUCGCCACCAACGAUUCCAGGAAACAGUACUUUGGUUUUUGAAGUAGAACUUAAAAAUGUUCAUUAAAAUUUAUCAUUAUAAUUAAAUUAAGUAUUGAUAUAAUUUUUUUAAAAUACAGUAUAAAGUUAUUUUACAUGAAUUAUUUACACAAUCAUUUAUAAUCUUAGUUUAAAUUAAAUAACACGCCAUUUAUAAAUUAA